UAAGGUGACGCCCUAGCCGACCCGCUGCCCGCUCCGCGUCACAGGAACUUCAGCACCCACGGGGCGGACAGCGCUCUCCUCCACCUGAAGACCUGAGUCCCGAGCGCCCAGAGUCUUUCUAAUAUCCCUUUACUCCGGAGCCCCAGAGAGCUCCACCAGCUCCGAGCACCCGCCACUCGCCCUCCCCGCGCCCGCCCUCCUAGCUCUUCCUGUUUUUACUCCUCCUUUUCAUUCAUAACAACAAAAGCUAUAGCUCCGGAAGCCCGGCGCCAGGCUGUUUCUGAAGCCAAGCGUGGAAGAAUGGGGUUCCUUUGGACCGGCACUUGGAUUGUGGUGUUGGUGCUCCACAGCAGCGCAAUUCAAGCUUUCCCCAAACCCGCAGGCAGCCAAGACAAACCCCUACAUAAUAGAGAAUUAAGUGCAGAAAGACCUUUGAAUGAGCAGAUUGCUGAAGCAGAAGCAGACAAGAUUAAAAAAACAUACCCUUCAGAAAACAAGCCAGGUGAGAGCAAUUAUUCCUUUGUUGAUAACUUGAACCUGCUAAAGGCUAUAACAGAAAAGGAAAAGAAUGACAAGGAAAGACAGUCCGUAAAAAGUUCUCCAAGUGAUAAUAAAUUGAACCUGGAAGAUGUUGAUUCAACCAAGAAUCGAAGACUGAUUGAUGAUUAUGAUUCUACUAAGAGUGGACUGGAUCAUAAAUUUCAAGAUGAUCCAGAUGGCCUUCAUCAACUAGAUGGAACUUCUUUAACUGCUGAAGACAUUGUCCAGAAAAUUGCUACCAGGAUUUAUGAGGAAAAUGACAGAGGAGUAUUUGACAAGAUCGUUUCUAAACUGCUGAAUCUUGGCCUAAUCACAGAAAGCCAGGCACACACACUGGAAGAUGAAGUUGCAGAGGUUUUACAAAAACUGAUCUCUAAGGAAGCCAACAGUUAUGAAGAGGAACUCAAUAAGCCAACCAACAGGACUGAGAGUCAGGCUGGAAAAAUACCAGAGAAAGUGACUCCAAUGGCAGCAAUUCAAGAUGGCUUUACUAAUGGAGAAAAUGACGAAACAGUAUCUAACACCUUAACCUUGACGAAUGGCUUGGAAAGGAGAACUAAAACCUACAGUGAAGACAACUUUGAGGAACUCCAGUAUUUCCCAAACUUCUAUGCACUACUGAAAAGUAUUGAUUCAGAAAAAGAGGCAAAAGAGAAAGAAACCUUGAUUACUAUCAUGAAAACGUUGAUUGACUUUGUGAAGAUGAUGGUAAAAUAUGGCACCAUAUCUCCAGAAGAAGGUGUUUCCUACCUUGAAAACUUGGAUGAAACAAUUGCUCUUCAGACCAAGAACAAGCUAGAAAAAAAUGUUACUGACAAUAAGAGCAAGCUUUUCCCAGUGCCAUCAGAGAAGAGUCAUGAAGAAACAGACAGUACCAAGGAAGAAGCUGCUAAGAUGGAAAAGGAAUAUGGAACCUUGAAGGAUUCCACAAAAGAUGAUGACUCCAACCCAAGAGGAAAGACAGAUGAGCCAAAAGGGAAAACAGAAGCCUAUUUGGAAGCCAUUAGAAAAAAUAUUGAAUGGUUGAAGAAACACAACAAAAAAGAAAAUAAAGAAGAUUAUGACCUUUCAAAGAUGAGGGACUUCAUCAACCAACAAGCUGAUGCUUAUGUGGAGAAAGGCAUCCUUGAUAAAGAAGAAGCCGAUGCCAUUAAGCGUAUUUACAGCACCCUGUAAAAAUGGCAAAUGACCCAAGAGUCUUUUAACUGUUUCAGAAAACAUAGUGUAGCUUAAAACACUUCUGUGAUUAAAGUUAUUUUGACCCAAGGAUUAUUAGAAAAGUGCUGAAUUUAUAGUAGUUAAUCUGUUAGAAGUGGUUAAAACAUAGCUUUCUUGCCAUAAGAACGAUCCAAAAAGUAAAGUUGUAUGUAAGCUGACAUUUUGUAUAUAGAAUCCUUAUUUCCUUAUUGAUUUACAUUUUAUAAGCAGAUCUAUGUUGCUUUGGAAAAGCCUGUAAUGAACUGAACUUAAAACUGAACCCUCACCCCACUGUGUCACACAUACAAGCACCCCCAGAAGAAUUAGGGGGUUCUGUUUUCAAGGCAUGCUGGGUACCAAAGCACCUCGUAGGGUAUCUCUGUUAUGUCAUUUCCAUACCUCUUCCCUUUUGGGAGUUUAAAUAAAUUCACAUUUCCUCAUAGUCUCUA